AUGGCUGCCAGACCACUCUUCACCAAUCGACUCACCACUGGCCUAGGCGGAGUUGCAGUCGCCGGCGUAGGAGCAGUCCUCUACUACAGAUUCAUGAUGCCCACAGCACACGCGGACUCGGGGUCACCCCCCAAGGCAUUCGGCAAGGGACCGGCAUUCCUGUCGCUGAAGCUCGAAAGCAGCGUACCCAUCAAUGACAACACGAAGAGGCUGAGAUUCGAACUGCCCACGCAAGACACGCUCACGGGACUGAGCAUUUCUUCUGCACUACUCACAUACUCAUGGCCAAAGGGCAGCUGGCUACCCUGCGUCCGACCCUACACGCCCAUCACCUACGCAGAAGAGCCCGGCGUCCUGGAAUUCCUGAUCAAGAAGUACCCCAACGGCAAGCAGAGCACGCACAUGCACUCUCUGCAGGCGGGCGACACAAUGCGCUUCCUGGUCCCCAUCCCGGGCUACAAAUGGACGCCCAACAAGCACCCAGACGUGACCUUCAUCGCGGGCGGCGCGGGCAUCACGCCCAUGUACGCCCUCAUCGAGGGCAUCCUGCGCAACCCGGAGGAGAAGACCCGGAUCACGCUCGUGUUCGGUGUCAACACCGACGCCGACGUGCUGCUGAAGAAGGAGUUCGACGCGUACGCGCAGCGCUAUCCGGGACGGUUCAAGGCUGUGUACACGGUCAGUAACCCGAUGCCUGGCUCGCCGUUGCGGAAAGGAUAUGUCACGAAGGAGCUGUUGGAGGAGGUUGGGGCGUCGCCGAAGGUGAAGAAUACGAAGGUCUUUGUUUGCGGUCCGCCGCCCAUGGAGGCUGCUCUUAUGGGUACCAGGAAGCAGCCUGGUAUCUUGGAGCAGAUGGGCUAUACGAAGGAUCAGAUCUACAAGUUCUAG